GGCCAGCCGAUUCCCAGGUAGCUUUACCGCCUCACUCUGUCCCUCUGUUGGCCAUCGUGCCGCAUGCUGGUAGGCUGCAGCCUUCUUUAAGCUCCAGCCACGCCCAGGUCCAAUCUUCCCUUGUCCAAACCAACUUUCUAAUAUCUAGCCAUACCCCUAGAAGCACCCAUCGCUUGCUGUUUCUAUUCAUAACUAUCCAUACACUUCAUCGACGCGAUAACGCUACUAGCUUGGUACACUUACCGAUCAAAAGCAACACACCACCGACGUGCAGCCUCGUGCAUAACUUCUCUCACCAAUCCGUCCAUCUGCACUUUUACCCAGCCAUACCUUCACCUCAAACUGCCCAAACGCUCUUUCUCUCCACUUUCACAUGCGCCUACACCUACGGAGCAAACAUGAGCGUCAGCGUAGAGCAACCGCUACACUUUAGCCAGCAGCUCUCCAGCCCACCACAUUCGCCAAACCACGUACUUCACGCGCACACGCCAGCUUCUCCUCAACCUCCACCACCACCACCGGCUGCUGAACUAGACAUGAAUACCUCAACCUCCGCUGACACGAUGCCGUCUACAGGCCAGAAUCAUGAUCGGGGCGAUGCAGAAAUGCAAGAUGGAGAUGAGCCCGCCCGUCGCGAUGCUUCCACAAACACCAUCGCUGUUGAGAUAUCGGCUAUAGACGAGGACGCCAUGGACGUCACACCGGAUGUCGAGGCGGAGUCGUUACUGCCAAAUGGCUCAUCUGAGGCGCAAGAGGCUACUAUCACUACGCCGGCAUCACCUGCGCCUGUGCUAGACGAUACCACAGAGAUAAUCAUUCCCACAGACCCCCCUCCACCCGUUGACCCCGACGCGCUACCUCCACCUGUCGAUCCAAGCACACAACCCCCGCCUCCUCCUCCGCCAGUCGAUCCCCCGCGCUCCGACUCAGGAUCUUCUGACGACGAAGAUGGUCUCCCACCAUGGCAUCCGUUACCAGAAGACUUAUCGUCGCCUGACGAGGGAGAAUUGAAGGAGAUCGAGGAGCGGGGAGAACACAGUGCUCUGGAUCACGAAUACUGGGAGGGCGAAGCGUUCAAGCCUCUGGAAUACCCGGAGUACACUGCUGGCGAAGCAGGACGUAUUCACUGGGCGAUCGAUGCAUACAAUGGCACGCAGGACAAGCAGAACCAUGAAGUGGUCAUGAAGUCUGAAAUCGUCACUAUCGGAGGCCAUCAAUGGCAAAUCAAGUUCUAUCCUAAGGGGAAUGAUUCGGAUUAUCUCAGCGUCUAUCUCGAAUGUCUAAGUGUCCAGGACACAAAGGACAACAAGGAUAAUGAGUUCACCAAAGACGUGUCUAGCGACGAAACAGUUGAACCAAGGGGAGAGAAGAAGGCAGAUGAGAUUAUGGUGACCGCCGAACAUGCACCAACAGACAGCGUGACCGAGGCAUCUGCUCAGGUCGUGAAGCUUGCGCAAGACCGACGUGACAGCGCCAAAUCAGCAUCAGAAGACGUUGAAAUACCAGUAGUCACUCAGCAUACACCCCUUCCGCUUCUUGGAUCGAAGAAGAUGCUUAAGCGAAACAGUGUUGCCGCGCAGAUAUCGGUUGUUCUGUACAAUCCAACAGAACCUCGGGUGAACUACUCGCGGAAUGCUUUGCAUCGUUUCUGCAAAGGCUCUCCUGACUGGGGUUGGACGCGUUUCCAUGGACCGCACUACGACAUCUCUCGUCGCAUACCCGGCCAGCGCAUGGCACUCCUUCGUGACGACAAACUUGCCUUCACUGCCUACAUUCGGGUUGUGGAAGACCAAACCGACUGUUUGUGGGAGCAUCCGAUCAGGGAGAACCCGUGGGACAGCUUCGCGAUGACAGGAUUACAAGGCCUCAUGCUCGGAGAAAACGCUAGUGCGCCUGGCGGCAACAUGAUCUCUGCAGUCUCCUCAUGGAUGCUUUUCAAGCCCUUCCGGAAUCUCUUGUACAGCAUCAACGUUCCAGAUCCCAACGAUGAGCCAUUCACUCGGCCUAAGCCACUCACCAGUGCUUUGCAGCAAGUCUUAUACAUGCUACGAACUCAGGUUGAGCCUGGGGCUGGCCCUGUCGCUCUCGAUGAUAUCAUCGAUGCAUUAGAGUGGUAUCGUAUACACGAGGGUCUCGACAAGUUGGAUGUGAUGGAGACAUGGGAAGUCUUGCGUCUCAAGCUUGAGGAAGAGCUCCAGGGUACACCUUACGCUGCACGACUGGAUGCUAUCUGUGGACCGAAACGCGACUAUUCAACCGGUAGACCAAGUUACCGUGUACCUGUAGAAGGUGUGGACAGCAUGCAAGAUGCUGUUAAUCAGUCACCUGAUCUCACCAUUUCGGGGCAGCAUCUGCCAGAAUUGUUGACGAUUGAGCUGGAUCGGCAUAAAUUCGACAGUGUGAAGACACGCUCGCACAUCAAGGUUCUGAACAAGGUGACCUUGGAUGAUCAAAUAGUAGUUGCCGAUACUCCGUACACACUAUACGGGUUCGUGGUCCACAAGCAAACACUUCAGUCUUACGUAUACCAACCGAUACUCCGACCCGAAGGACCAAAUUCACGCUGGUACAGCUAUUCUGACAGUAAGGAUGAGAAUCAUGUUAAGUGCCUUUCCAAACACGAAGCAGUGGACGCGCAUGAAGGCAAACCUAGCAGCACUCAGAUCAUUGGCAAUGACCCCGUGGCAUACAUUGCCAUGUAUAUCCGAGACGAUGUAGCUCGCUCAGCAUUCAUUUCAGACUCUGAGUCAGAGCGGUGGGACGUCCCAGAAUGGCUCAAGUUGGAGGUAGAAUCCAAGAAGAGUUCAACUUCCCUUCCUCCGAUGCCGCCACCACCGAUCGGCGAGCCAAACUCUGUGGUCGAUCAAGAAAAGGGAAAAGAAGUAGUCGCAGAGCCGCCAAAGUUGCUUGACUUCCGUGUCAUCGAUUCUCGAGCAUACCUAGAACAUGAAGGUCCGGGUGUCUUCGACGCUUUUGAUGCGCGUUGGGAAGCUGAAAACUCAAAGCACGUUCAUACAUUGUCGCUAUCAAGCAAUGACGGGUGCAAAGACAUUCGUGAAAAGUUGAUGGGUGUUUUGACCGAUGUCAAGGAUCCGCGACAAAUAAAAUUUUGGUUCCUUGAUCCUACACGUGGAGCGUUCGAUCGACCGAACUUUCUCAGCACUGGAAUUAUUGAGUUCUCUGCUGGCAGCUACAAUAGAUACACAGAAACCAAUGGGUGGACUCUGGAGGUGCCGCCAUCUGCCUGCCGGAGGAUCUGGGUGCAUAUCACCGACUUCGAAAAGCUUCCUGAGCUUCCAAAAGAAGAAGAGAAGGGUUCGGAGGCCUUCCACCAUAGCACUUCUUCUUCGUCUCUACCGGGAGCUGAUGCUGAGAUGGAUGCGAUCCAAGUGGUUGAGAGUGCUGUCGAGCCAUCUUCUAGUGCCUCACCACCGCAGAUACCUACACCAUUAGAGGAUACGUUUAUGAGCGGUUCCGACGAGCCUACUGCUGCACUAUUGGAGCAAGCAUCGCCUCGCGGGUCAGAAGUUAAUACUCCACCACCGCCGCCACCUACAAACAACACGGAAAGCAAUGAUACUGCUAUGUUAGAAGUGGAAUCAACUCCCGCCGUUGACCCACCAACUGUUGAUGUCAUAAUUCCAGGCGCCGGCCCUGGUGAUACCGAGAUGGGUGGUACACAAGAAGACAUGCCGCCACCUCCACCUCCACCAGUUGAGACCCCUGUACAGCACCUGCAACCACCCCCGCCAAUGCGGAGCCCCACACCUGAACCACCUCCCGACGAGAUCUACUUCUUCCUUAAAUUCUGGAACCCUGAAAAGCAAGCCCUAGAGGCACGAGGAUCGCACAUCGCACUCAAGUCUGCUAGGGUAGAUGAGACACUUGUGGUAUUGCUUGGCCUGGAAGACAAGAAGAAGAUGGAGAUGUGCGAAGAAGAUGAGUUGACCAACACACGGUCUCUAAAGCAUCGCCGCACCUUUGCGCAAGUGGAUUUACACAACGCGUGUAUCAUCGUCGUUUCGUUACCACUCUCGGCUGAGAAGCGUAACGCACUUGCAGCCCGUGCGGCAUUUGCAGACCCCCAAAGCUACCUCCAAUUCCGCGCUUUCGCACGCAAUUUCCCUCACAAGCUGCAAGGCCACUUCACCUACAACUACUUCUCUAGCGAAUACUACAAGGGCGAGAUUGUCAAUGGUUUUGCGCACGGUCACGGUACUAGGAUAUACCACUCUGGCGCCACUUACGAUGGCUCCUUCCGCCUGGGCAAACGCUACGGCCAUGGCCUGUACACUUUCCAAAACGGCGACACAUAUGACGGUGACUGGGUCGACAACCAGCAACACGGUACUGGUACCUAUGUCGAAGCCGCAAACGGCAACACAUAUGUCGGCGGAUGGCAGAACGACAAGAAAUUCGGUGAGGGUGUUACGCACUGGAAGAACGCCCAAGAAUCUGAGCGACUGUGUAGAAUCUGCUGGGAUGGGGAGGCAGAAGCGGCUUUCUACGAUUGCGGUCACGUGGUAGCUUGCUUGACGUGCGCACGGGAGGUGCAGAAUUGCCCUGUGUGCAGGAAGCGUGUGUUGAGCUCUAUGAAGCUCUACUACGUGGCUUAGUUUUCUCAAGGGCAGCUUCUACCGAAAAGGUAUUGUGAAGUCUCUUGCAGGACCACACAGCAUCGAUUCAAGGGGCGCGCACGCGAUGUGUACCUUCAAGGUCGGGUUCUGAAACACCCUUCGUUCAAAGACAUAAAUGGGCCGUAUAACUUGGAGAUGAGAAUUAAGGAGUUUUUGGUUACGGGCAUCACAAGAACGAGAUAAGGGGUAUCGUGAUAAGUAUUGGCUAUGUAUGAGAUAGGAGUCUGGAUGGUUUGGGUUCGGGCGUUUUAUUCGGUACUCUUUUAUUUCAAUUUCUUGUAUCAGGGUGCUAAGGCGUAGUCUCUAGACGGCUUUACGAUCACCAUCAGAUCUUCAC